AUGGCAGCAACUCCGGCCGUUAUCCCGGAAGGCGCCGAGGUCGCCACACUCGCCGCCGGCUGCUUCUGGGGCGUCGAGCACCUUUACGUGAAGAACUUCGGCCACGGCAAGGGCCUGCUUGAUACCCGAGUCGGCUACAUCGGCGGCGCGACUGAUAGUCCUACGUAUAAGAUUGUGUGCUCCGGCGCAACAGGGCACGCCGAAGCAACCCAGCUUAUCUUCGAUCCCAAGAUCGUAUCCUACCGCGACCUUCUCCUCUUCUUCUACCGCAUGCACGACCCCACGCAACUGAACCGCCAAGGCCCAGACGUGGGCACCCAGUAUCGCAGCGCCAUUUUCUACAAUAGCCCCGAGCAGGAGGCCAUCGCGAGGGAGGUGACGGAGGCGGUGGGGAAGAAGUGGUGGACGGGUGGGAAGAUUGCGACGGAGAUUGUAAAGGCUGGGAGGUGGUAUGAUGCCGAGGAGUAUCAUCAGCUGUAUUUGGAUAGGAACCCCGGAGGGUAUGAGUGUCCGAGUCACUUUGUGAGGGACUUCCCGCCGCUGUAG